CCCGCCUUCGACAACUAAAAAAAAUUCCCAAUUACGACCAAAAAUUACGAAAACAAGACACUGACUUUAAACAAGUCUCUCUCUCUCUCUCUCUCUCUUUCGUAAUCUGAGAAACGUCUCCUUUUCUUCUCCCACGCUUUGAAUUCAAUUCAAUUCCUCUCAAGCUCUAUUCCUUUUGAAAUUCAAAUUCCGUUCCUAAAAUUGAGAGGGAGAGAGAUAGAGAGAGAGAGAUUGGAUUGGUUCAGCUUUCCGCAUUUGAUGGCGAAGAGAAAACGAGUGGUGUUUGGGUUUUGUUAUUGUCUUCUGACGAUUUUGAUUUACGCGAGGGUUUCGUUUUCCGCGAGAUCUGAUAAAGAAAUUAGGGAGAGGUUCUACGGGAAUAUGAUGAACUCGUCCGCACCGGAAUCCGGUGACGGCACCAUUGCGAAAAUGUUCGAUCGGGUUCUCGAGAAAGAGUUCUCUGAGAAUGAUCAGCCCGAAGGAUCUGACGGAAGCAGCUUCAACAACAGUGUCGCUGAUCAACAAGCUGUACUGGAGACUGUGGCUAAAAUCACUCAUGAGAAGAGAAAUGAUACACAAGAGGCAAAUGGCACAAAAUCAUUUCAAUUUCAAGGUGUUUUCUCCCUGGAGAAUGAAGAUUCUGAAGAAACAACAACCUUGAUUGACAAAAAGGAUAAUGUGUUUGUGAUGUCAAACAAGAAAUCCAAAUAUCCAGUACUUCAAGUAGAUUUGAGGUUAAUUUCUGAUUUGGUGGUUAUCAUAGUUUCUGCUGCCAUCGGUGGAAUUUUGUUUUCUUGUUUGGGACAACCGGUUAUUGUGGGCUACCUUCUUGCGGGUUCUCUCAUUGGACCAGGGGGUCUGGAGUUCAUCAGUGAGAUGGUACAGGUUGAAACUGUUGCACAAUUUGGUGUUGUAUUUCUUCUUUUUGCUCUAGGUUUGGAGUUUUCUUUGGCUAAGUUAAAAGUUGUGGGCCCUGUAGCUGUUCUUGGAGGCCUUCUUCAAAUCUUAACAUUUAUGGUCUUGUGUGCCAUAACUGCUGUGUUUUGCGGAGCAAAGUUGUCUGAGGGAGUUUUUGUUGGUUCCUUCUUGUCAAUGUCAUCAACAGCAGUGGUGGUAAAAUUUCUUGGAGAACGGAAUAGUAGUAGUGCUCUUCAUGGUCAAGUAACAAUUGGAACACUCAUUUUCCAGGAUUGUGCUGUUGGUUUACUGUUUGCUUUGCUCCCAGUUUUGGGUGGUCAUAGCGGCCUUUUCCAAGGAAUGGUAUCAGUGGGGAAGCUGCUGCUAGUGUUGUCUCUAUAUCUUGCUGCUGCCUCUGUAUUGUGUUGGUCAUUUGUUCCUCGUUUUCUGAAAUUGAUGAUGCACUUGUCCUCUCAAACGAAUGAGCUUUAUCAGCUUGCUGUUGUGGCUUUCUGCUUAUUAUCUGCUUGGUGUAGUGAUAAGCUGGGCCUUAGCCUUGAGUUGGGUUCAUUUGUGGCUGGAGUUAUGAUAUCAACCACUGACCUUGCACAACAUACUUUAGACCAGGUGGAACCAAUUCGUAACCUUUUUGCAGCUCUCUUCCUUUCAAGUAUUGGAAUGCUCAUACAUGUACAUUUCUUGUGGAGCCAUGUGGACAUACUGUUAGCAUCUGUUAUUCUAGUUAUAGUUGUAAAGACUGCUGUUGCUUCUAUUGUUACUAAGGCCUUUGGAUAUAGCUUUAGGACAUCAUUUGUGGUUGGAGUCUCACUUGCUCAAAUUGGAGAAUUUGCUUUUGUCCUCUUAAGUCGGGCGUCGAAUCUUAAUCUUGUUGAGGGGAAGAUGUACCUGCUUCUUCUUGGAACGACAGCACUAAGCCUGGUUACAACUCCACUCCUGUUUAAGUUGAUUCCUGCCAUAAUGAACUUAGGAGUUCUUAUGCACUGGUUUCCUUCCGAGGGCACCCCAUAUAGCGAGGUCUCUCUCUUUCCCCCUCUCUGAAGCACAUGCAUGCAUGCUGACACACUUGCAAGCAUGGAGAAAGCUUUGAUGAUUGAAGCAGAACACAACAGAAUAUUGUGACCUUUGUCUAUCGAGUCCCUUGUCAAGUAAAGAUUCAGUUGUAUGAUUUGUGAAUAUCAGGUUUCGAUUUCGCUGCCAAUUCCAUUGUAGAGGUUGCAGACGACAUUUCCGGAUAUUCAAUUUCCAGCUCGGAGCUAUCAUGUAUAUAAAUAUUUUUUGUAUUAUUUCGAGUAUUCUGUAAAUAGGAGUCUAUGUAGGGCUCCUCUCCAAGUGUGCAUGCUUACUGCAAAUACUACAGAUUUAGGAAAUUGUAUCGUACCCAAAAAUUAACUUCAGAAGCAUUUUUUUGUGAAAUACUACUAA